GCGGUGGAUCCACAGAUUUCGCCCCGCAAAUCAGCCGAAAAGCGCCUGCAGAGUAUCCAAUGAUCGAAACAUAUAGACAGCGCUAGCACGAGUGGAGCUCGGGCUGAAAUCAUUCACGGUCACAAACCUUGCCGGAGCCUCGCGGCGGGCGAAAGAUGCCGCUGACGAGCGUUCAGGUGUCGGAGGAUGUGUGGCUGACUUGCCUGACGCAUUCGCUGACCACGGAGACGGAGGAGAUUAUGGGCCUCCUCUUCGGAGACAUUCAGGACUUGAACAAUGGUAACAAAACUGCGCUGAUAUGGGGUGCAUCACCUCAGAUGAGAUCUGAUCGUCGAAAAGAUCGAGUGGAGACAAAUCCUGAGCAGUUGGCUGCAGCAACAGCACAGGCUGAAAAAUUGUCACAGACGAUUGGAAGGACUACAAGGGUCAUUGGGUGGUACCAUUCACAUCCACAUAUUACAGUUCUCCCAUCUCAUGUAGAUGUCCGUACUCAGGCGAUGUAUCAGAUGCUGGAUAGGGGCUUCAUUGGGCUGAUAUUUUCUUGCUUCAGUGAGGAUGCUCAGAAGGUUGGGAGAAUUCAGGUUAUUGCUUUUCAAUCUGCUGAUUUGAAACAGAGAUAUGAAUCUCCUGCUAGAGAUACAACUGUUGAUAUUGAUACUUCUUCGAGCUGGAGUUCCUUUGACAAUCCUAGGUCAGCUUCAGAAUCUGCUGUUAUUGAGUACAUUGAACAGGACAGUGGUGACUCAAGAAUGACAAAAGCAGCUAAGGCUGUGAAAUCUCCAGAUAUGGAGCAAUUCUGCACUCAUAACGACAUCAAGUACUUAGAGAAGCAGAAAAUGGCUGAAAACUCUAUUUUACUCUUCAAUGCAGAGAAUCUGCAUGACACUCCGACCAAUACUGAUUCUAUUGAUAUGUCAGAUAGUGUACAGGAAGCAUUGCACCGUUCAAGCAUGGACUUGAGUGGCGCAGAGUAUAUCAGGACUGAAGUUCCGUUAAUUGUGCUGCCCACUAGAGCUCUACUGAAGCUUGAAUCCCCUUUAACGUCAUUCACCGAGAUGCAACAUAUGUUAUUUCAAGAAGAACAAUCCGCUUAUAAACAGGCCCUACUACAAAAUAUGCGCGAUGGGACGAUACACCCGCUCGCUUAUAUACACCACACAUCAACCUAUCAGGCGUCAUUGUGCAAGUUGAUGGAGUAUUGUUUGAGCCCUGCUGUAAAAGUGCUUCAGGAUCGUUUGAGAGAGAAUGAGACAAGGCUUGGGAUUUUGAUGGAAGAGAGCAUCACAUUAGACAGAGACUUGAACCUGGAAUCCUCCCCCAGGAGGCCUCAAGGCGGUGUGGCGACAUUGCAAAGAGAAAUGCGAAAUUCCGGCGAGUCCAGUCCAAGAAGCCCGAGCAGCACCAGCGGCCGGAGAAAGACACCUUGAAUUAGUAAGCACUAGUGGCCUCUUCUUUCAUUUGUGAAAAGGUUUGUUCUUCCAGGUGCACCUGUGCCACUCACACAUUUUGUUUCCUUGAGAAUUUAUUAGUGAAUUGUUGCUUGGAUUUCAGCUGAUGAUGAAGAAAGAGUUCAGUUGUGUGCUUAGCGAGAGAACUGUUGUUUUUAUAGCCUGUUUUCUUUGGUA